GAGCGGCGGGGCCCGCCCCCGGGCGGGGCGGCGAGCGGCGGGGCGGCGGCCGCCAUCUUACGCCGGGAGCCGGGCGCCGUUUCUCGCCUCGGGGGCGGCGGCGGGCGCCGAGGGUCUGCGCCUCGAUGGACAACAUGUCAAGCCCGGGGAAGGAUAACUUCAGAAUGAAGAGCUACAAGAAUAACGCACUUAAUCCUCAAGAAAUGCGAAGACGAAGAGAAGAGGAAGGAAUCCAGCUUCGGAAACAGAAAAGGGAAGAACAGUUGUUUAAACGCCGAAAUGUUUCUCUCCCUGGAAAUGAAGAAUCUAUGGUAGAAAGUCCAAUUCAGGAUCCUGAUGUCAGUUCUACUGUACCUAUUCCAGAGGAAGAAGUUAUUACGGUAGAUAUGGUGCAGAUGAUUUUCUCAGAUGAUCCUGAUCAGCAGCUCACAGCAACUCAGAAAUUCAGAAAAUUGCUAUCUAAAGAACCUAAUCCACCCAUAGAUGAAGUCAUCCAAAAACCAGGAGUAGUACAGAGAUUUGUGAAAUUUCUAGAGAGGAAUGAGAAUUACACACUGCAGUUUGAAGCAGCUUGGGCUUUGACAAACAUAGCUUCUGGAACUUUUCUACACACCAAAGUUGUAAUUGAAACUGGAGCUGUUCCAAUUUUUAUUAAGUUGCUUAGUUCAGAACAUGAAGAUGUCCAGGAGCAGGCAGUGUGGGCUCUUGGUAACAUUGCUGGUGAUAAUGCAGAGUGCAGAGACUUUGUUUUAAACUGUGGAAUAUUACCACCCCUGUUGGAACUGUUAACAAAUUCAAAUCGUCUUACAACAACCAGAAAUGCAGUCUGGGCUCUCUCAAAUCUCUGUAGAGGAAAGAAUCCACCUCCAGACUUCAGUAAGGUUGCUCCUUGCUUAAAUGUUUUAUCAAGACUGUUGUUUAGCAGUGACCCGGAUGUAUUAGCAGAUGCUUGCUGGGCCCUCUCUUACCUUUCAGAUGGACCCAAUGAUAAAAUCCAAGCUGUUAUUGAUUCUGGAGUGUGUCGAAGAUUGGUAGAGUUGCUGAUGCAUAAUGAUUACAAGGUGGUAUCCCCUGCAUUAAGAGCAGUUGGAAAUAUUGUUACGGGAGAUGAUAUCCAAACACAGGUGAUUCUAAACUGCUCUGCGUUACCCUGUCUCUUGCACUUGCUUAGUAGUCCCAAGGAAUCCAUUCGGAAAGAAGCAUGCUGGACUGUUUCUAAUAUUACUGCAGGAAAUAGAGCUCAGAUUCAGGCUGUUAUAGAUGCAAAUAUUUUUCCAAUAUUGAUUGAAAUUCUUCAGAAAGCUGAAUUUCGCACCAGAAAAGAAGCAGCAUGGGCCAUAACUAAUGCAACAUCAGGAGGAACCCCUGACCAGAUUAGGUAUUUGGUAGCACUAGGUUGUACCAAGCCUCUUUGUGACCUCCUGACUGUGAUGGAUUCAAAAAUAGUACAGGUGGCUUUGAAUGGACUUGAAAAUAUUCUGCGUCUUGGAGAGCAGGAGUCUAAGCAAAAUGGAAUGGGCAUUAAUCCUUACUGUGCCCUUAUAGAGGAAGCAUAUGGACUUGAUAAAAUUGAAUUUCUUCAGAGGCAUGAAAACCAAGAAAUCUACCAAAAGGCUUUUGAACUCAUAGAGCAUUACUUUGGUGUUGAAGAAGAGGAUUCCAGUAUUGCACCUCAGGUGGAUGAAAGUCAACAGCAGUUUGUGUUCCAACAGCAGGAGGCUCCAAUGGAGGGAUUUCAGCUGUAAACUACUAAAGUGAAGACAAGCAUAUAAUGUAAACACUUGUAGGUUUUUGUUUGUUUGUUUUCUAGGUCUUUUCUUUAUGGCCAAAGUUAGAGAAGUUGAGUAUGUUUUGCAGAAAUAGAUGAAGAAAGCAGUUCAUGCACUUUUAUAUAUUGUUAGAUACAACUGUUCUUUGUUUUGUAUUUGUGUUUUUUUUUUCAUUCUCAUAUGUACAGAAAACAACUGUGAGUAAUGUCUAAAGUAAAGCAUUAAAUGUGAUUUAACAAGAACUGUUAAGCUAAGACUUGGUAGGAUUUGAGGCAGUGGUUCUGACUUUUUCACGUAGUCUCAAACUGCAUAUCAGCAAUACAGUUACUGACAGUUGCAUUUUUGGCAGUAGGCUUGACUUGCCCAGUCUAUCAAAUCUACCUCUUGUAUUGAAGCAAAAACUUUGCUUCAGAACUAAGGCAUGAAAUAAAGAUGAGCUUGUAAGAAGCUGAAUUGGAAUGUGAAAAAUAUUUAUUUAAAUUGUGAAACUUCAUACAUUAUUUACAACACACUUGGAAUUUAUUUAUAAAAUGUAUUUAAAGACAUAAUAGAUAUAUAUAUAAUGCUAAUUACGCAAUAUAACAUAUUUCUGAAUCAUUUGGGAAGAGGAUUGUUUCAGAGGUUUCCAAAUUGGAAUCAGCAGAGAGCUUGCUUAUCAUUUGAUGCUUGCUCUGUAACUAAAGCUGCUAAAUGGCAUUAGAAGUCAGCCACAAAUACAGUACUUUGCUGUGAAAGUAGUUGCUGUAGUUAGCACAAGAAUGCUGCAAUUAAGAAUGACAGAGAUGGUCUUUUGCAGAGUUGGAAGUACAAAGCAGAUGGUUUACAGCUGUCUCCUGCCAAACACCACUUUAGUUUGAGAAACUUCGCAAUGUUUGCCUUUCUAGUAACAGUAGCUUCUAAAAAGUUGAGACAGUAGGUGUUACAUUUCUGACCAAAUACCGUUACUUCCACUUGAAUCGUUCUUUCAGUUUUCUUUUCUUGGUUUUCUUUUGGUAAGAAUAGAAAUACUGCAGUGAAGAAUGAACAGAGAAUCACUCCAGCUGAAUGAAAACUUGUUGUACUGUAAAUAGCAUUAGGUAUGUGGACACCAAAACUAACUAGGAGUUACUGUAUUCUAAAUAUUUAGGUUCUACAAUACACAGUGUUUGAUGUUUAAACACUAAAAGAAACAAAAUUCUAAUAUCCACAUCAACAAUUUUGAAUACAGAAAAAUGUAUGCUGUGCUUGGACUCGCAUAUAGCGUUUCUGGAAUAUUAGUAGUAUGUCUCAUUUAGAGAAAUUAAUUCUUUGGGUUAACUAAAGUAUGUUUCUUUACCUGUAAUUAAUGUAUUAACAUGGAACUCCUGGGUUAAGUGAAAUCUUUGGCAUAUGGCAGCAUUUCAUACUUCACAAAAAGCUGCAAUUCAAACACCAAA